GAGAGGUUAUGUUCUCUGGUUCGGAGCAAUCAGUUUGUUGACGUUGAUUUGCCUUAAUGUCAAAAUUGUCAAUUUUCUAGGUUUUAUAAACAUUAACCGUGAGGUUUGAAAAUUAAAUUUUUAAAAAAUGGACGACACUAGGAGAUUAAAACUCAGGGAGGAAAUUGGUUUACGUGGAGUUGACGGUGUUUGGGGAAAAUCGCCAACUAGAAUCGAUGAUUCCGAAGAUGAGGAAGAAGUGUUGCAUAAAAAAGUGGACGAAUCAGUCUCCAGCGAUCGGAAGAGAAAGAAAAAGGACAAAAAGAAGAAAAGCAAAAAGCACAAGAAGGAGAAGAAAAUGAAGAAGGAAAAGAAGAGUAAGAAGAAAAAGAAGAAGAAAUAUUCCGAUUUAUCAUCGGAGGACAGUUGUUCGGAUGAUGAAUGGAAUGAAGAAUCGACGUCGACAAAGAAAUCGAAGACAAAAGCUAGAAAUAAUUCGAGUUCCGAUGAGAAUGCAGAGGAGAUUAUUGGUCCAUUGCAAAAACAACAGAUAACAUUGUCAGCGAAAGAAUUUGGCAAAGCUCUAUUACCUGGUGAAGGUGCUGCAAUGGCGGCUUAUGUUGCCGAGGGUAAAAGAAUUCCCAGGAGAGGUGAAAUUGGACUCACUUCUGAUGAAAUUGCUUCAUAUGAAUCAGUUGGUUAUGUGAUGAGUGGCAGCAGACAUCGACGAAUGGAGGCUGUGCGUAUAAGAAAGGAGAACCAAAUUUAUUCGGCCGAUGAGAAGAGAGCCCUUGCAAUGUUCAGUAAGGAGGAGAGACAGAAAAGAGAAAAUUUAAUUCUCGGUCAAUUUCGUGAAAUGGUCAGGCAAAAAUUAGCGCAAGACCAAACGAAAAAAUGAGGCAAAAAAAAUGAAUUUUUUUAAUGUACAUAGCAAUUUUUUUCGAUUUUAAUUUCUUCUCACGUUUUGUACAUAAAGUUUAAAUUGUAUAAUCUAUGACUGAUAGUAAGUUAUAAAUUAGAGAAAAUUUAAUUUAAAAAAAUAAAUUUA